AUGGCCCCUCUUCUUUGUCCAUUACAAAAACUAAAAGAAGCUUCUUUGUUCGUUCCCAACGGAUCCAGAAGCUCUUCUCUCUCUUUCUCUCUCUAAAAGACUUUGAGCGUGCGUGAAAGUUGAAGUCUUCAUAAAUAGGGUUCAUUCAAUGUGUUUGCCGUCUCUCUAAGGGAUUGUUCAAGUUGGAGUUUUGUGGGUGGUGUUGUGCAAUAACAUGUCUAAUUCUGGUCAUGGCAAGCAAGAUCAGAGGACAAAUUCUACCAUGGAAGAUUCAACUAUGACUAUUGAUUUCCUUCGUGCACGGUUGCUGGCUGAAAGAUCCGUCUCAAAAAGUGCAAGGCAGAGAGCGGAAGAUCUUGCAAAAAGGGUUGCAGAGCUGGAGGAACAACUGAAGGUUGUUUCUCUCCAAAGAAAGAAGGCUGAGAAGGCAACAGCAGAUGUUCUUUCUAUUUUAGAGAACAAUGGGACAGGUGAUAUUUCUGAGGCAUUUGAUUCGAGCUCUGAGCAGGAUACACCUUGUGAAUCUAAAACGGGCAACACUUCCCCUAAAAAUGAGAAUCCUGUUGAUUCGAAAGUGAGAAAAAAUGAGUCUGAUGAGCUUUCAGGAUUUGACCCUGAUUUUUCUCCAUUGCCUGGAAGAAGCUUGUCUUGGAAAGGCCGCAAGGAUCCUUCGCGCUCUAAUGGAAAGUACAAGGAUUCCUUGUCAGAUAGAAGAAGCAGCUUUUCAUACACUGGCUCUUCUUCUUCAAAGCAAUGUCGGGGGAGUUCAUGCCGACGGAAUAGACGCAAUGAGACAAGAUCAGUAUCUGUAGAUUCACAGAAUGACUCUAGCAAAGGCGAUUCUCAAGAAAAUGGACUUUCAACUGCUUCUGAGAGUUGUCCUACCCCCUCAGAUGGUGGGCAAGAAAUCUCAGAAAGAGUUGCUGAAAGUCAGAAUGAGAAAAGUUUACUAGAGAACGAUGGCUCGGAAAAUGGAAAAAGGUUAACUAGUAAUGAAGUUGAUUUCACUGGGAGAGAAAGAAAGAUGGAGCAGGCACUAGAAGAUCAAGCAAAACUGAUUGACAAGUAUGAAGCAAUGGAGAACGCACAAAGAGAAUGGGAAGAGAAGUUCAGAGAAAAUAAUUGCAGCACACCGGAUACGGGUGAUCCUGGAAGCCACUCAGAUAUUACUGAGGAGAGAGAUGAGAUCAAGGCACAAACCUCAGCCCAUGAGUUAAAACCGGACAAGCAAGAUGGUUGCUUCCAUUUGAAAAUGGAUUCAGAUCUCCAAACUCCAUGUGCAGACUGUAUGCAGGAUCAAAACUGCAGCAGUGGCCAUGCUUCUGUUUCCUCGACUCAAGAAUUUGCAUUCCCCACAGAAGUUACAAUAACUCAAAGAAGUUGCAAUCAGGAGAUCCCAGAAAAAGGCUAUUAUCCUUCUUCACACAUAUCCCAAAAUAGUCAACAUUCACAUGUCUCACAUGAUCACCCUAAAAACCAGUCAGCUCAUGCUUUUUCAUCCAACAGCGAUUUGAAUGGCUUCAAAGGAGAAGAUUCUGGGAGCCAAAACGGCCACUUUGCCUUGGUGCCUCACGGAGAACGUGGUGUGGGUGGUGUACUGGAGGCACUUAAACUAGCAAAGCAAUCUCUGAAACAAAAAAUCGGUGGAUUGCAAUUAAUUGAAGGUGGAUCUGCUGAAAGGACUGUUGGACUUUCUAUUCCUACAGUGAAAGCUGGGAACCGAGCAGAGAUUCCGAUUGGAUGUGCAGGGCUUUUCAGACUUCCUACUGAUUAUUCAAUUGAAGCAAAUAGAACGGAAUUUGUGAGUCCAGGUACCGAAUUGAGUUUGGGAAACUACCACCCACAUACUGGAGUUAAGGUUACUGAUACUGGUAAUCCUUUUCCCAGUUCUUACAUGGAUAUGAGGUCAAGGUUUUCUGCUGACGAUCGAUUCCUUGUCAGCCAUAAUGGGGAGAGUGGGUCAAGAUUUGCUGCUCAGAUGUCACAUUUUGAUCCUUACAUGGAUAGAGGUAUGCUCUCUCCAAGUAUAUACACAUACCCUACUCUCCCUCUCCCUACCAAUUUCCAUUACCCUGACAUGAUGCCGCGGAUUCCCACUAGUGAAGGAUUGUCAAGAACCUUGUCUAGUAGGACUGUUAGCAUACCUCCAUCUGAUCACUUGUUGUAUAAUGACCAUAUCAGACCAAAUAUGUAUAACAGAUAGUGGGUUCUGUAACUUUUGCUAGGGUUUUUCAACUUGCCAGUUGCCAAUGCACAAGGGAUACUGAACAAUGGUUUUGUAGCAUGAGAAUGAUAUACUUAUAUGGUGGCUCUUGGAAUGCCAUUAUCUGUUGUCAAUUGGGGUUUAUGUAUUCUGUAGUGUGAGCUUUAGUUUUGUAAAGAAAUGUAACCAUAAUAAUAUUUCUUCAAAUA